GUUACGUCACUUGAAGCACCCUGGCUGGUAGAUCUGGCAAGGAGAGGGAGAAAACGACAGAAGUACUGUAAAACAGGGCUAUCAGCUCUCAAAGUGAUAACGGUCCGUCUACAACAAUAGAUACAGGCACAGGCAUCUCACCACACCGGACUAACCUCUUGUGGAAGAAGGAAUAUAACAUGACCAGAGUAAACGGAUAAAACCAGCCACUCUUUAACACCCAGAAUCAUAUGAUGAAAAUGAAAAAUCUGCAUCUUUAAAUGCUUUAAACAGGCCAAAAGUAGAUCACAGACCUUUCGAAAUUUACAAUAUUUAAAAGCUUGAAUUAGUCCAUAUCAUCCUUUUCUCUUCACUCUUGCCCUUCUUCAGUCAAAACCGCCAUGUACGGUAGUGGCCGAUCCGUGGGCAAAGUGGAGGGCAACCACAGCGGGGGGAGCAAUCAGAGUCCCGGCCGCUCGCCUCGUCUCCCUCGCUCGCCCCGUCUGGGCCACCGCCGCACCAACAGCUCAGGGGGUAGUGGACCUGGAGGUCCAGGUGGUAAAACCCUCUCCAUGGAGAACAUCCAGUCUCUCAACGCUGCCUAUGCCACAUCCAGCCCCAUGUACCUGAGUGACAACGAGGUGGUGACAUCUGGCCCGGACCUGCCUAAGAGUACUAUGACGCUGGGCCGCUCAGGAGGACGGGUGCCUUAUAGUGUCCGAACGACCGUCAUGGGAUCCAGCCCAAAUAUCUCCACCGGGGCUCCCGGCUCUGUUUCCACUGAUGCUAUCGCUUUCGGAGACCACCGCAUGCCUUCCACUCUUGCGUCCACUGUGCCUCAUUCGCUGCGCCAGGCGCGGGACAACACCAUCAUGGACCUGCAGACCCAGCUCAAGGAGGUGCUUAGGGAGAACGAGCUCCUGCGGAAGGAGGUGGAUGUGAAGGAGAGCAAACUCAGCUCUUCCAUGAACUCCAUUAAGACCUUCUGGAGCCCUGAGCUGAAAAAAGAGCGCGCCCUGCGCAAGGAUGAGGCGUCUAAGAUCGCUGUGUGGAAAGAGCAGUACAGAGUCGUCCAGGAGGAGAAUCAGCAUAUCCAGAUGACCAUUCAGGCCCUCCAGGAUGAACUGCGGAUCCAGAGAGAUCUGAACCAGCUGUUUCAGCAGGACUCCAGCAUUUGUCCUGGCGAGCCCCUGACCGCCGAGCUGACUGAGGAGAACUUCCAGCGGCUGCACGGUGAGCAUGAGCGGCAGGCAAAGGAACUCUUCCUCCUGAGGAAGACUCUGGAGGAGAUGGAGCUGAGAAUCGACACGCAGAAACAGACACUGUGUGCCCGAGACGAGUCCAUCAAGAAGCUCCUGGAGAUGUUGCAGAGCAAAGGGCUGUCGGCCAAGGCCAACGAGGAGGACCACGAGCGGACACGGAGGCUAGCCGAUGCCGAGAUGCAUAUCCAUCACCUGGAAAGCCUUUUGGAGCAGAGAGAAAAGGAAAUGGUCUUGCUGAGGGAGGAUCUCCACCGACGAUUUGAGGGAGCUCCAGAAUCGGCCAAAACCAAGGCCCUGCAGACUGUCAUUGAGAUGAAGGAUUCUAAGAUCAGUUCUCUGGAGCGCGGUCUGAGGGACCUGGAGGACGAGAUUCAGAUGCUCAAGUCAAACGGGGCUCUCAGCACAGAGGAGAGAGAGGAGGAGAUGAAACAGAUGGAGGUCUACCGCAGUCACUCCAAGUUCAUGAAGAAUAAGAUUGACCAGGUGAAGCAGAAUCUCUCCAGGAAGGACACUGAGCUCUUGGGCCUGCAGACUAAAUUGGAGACGCUCACCAAUCAGUUUUCUGACAGCAAACAGCACAUUGAUGUUCUCAAAGAGUCUCUCACUGCCAAGGAACAGCGGGCUGCCAUCUUGCAGACUGAGGUCGAUGCUCUGCGUUUACGUCUGGAGGAGAAGGAGGCUACGCUUAAUAAAAAGAGCAAGCAGAUUCAGGAAAUGUCAGAGGAGAAGGGCACGCUGAAUGGAGAAAUUCACGACCUCAAAGAUAUGCUUGACGUCAAGGAACGCAAGGUCAAUGUGCUGCAGAAGAAGAUUGAGAACCUGCAGGAGCAGCUGAAGGAUAAGGAGAAGCAGAUGACCAGCCUGAAGGAGCGCGUCAAAUCCCUGCAGACAGACACUUCAAACACGGACACGGCCCUCACCACGCUGGAGGAGGCCCUGGCUGAGAAGGAGCGUAUAAUCGAGCGUCUAAAGGAACAGAGGGAUAGAGACGAGAGAGAGAAGAGCGAAGAACUGGAGAGCAGCAAGAAAGAGCUCAAAGAGCUGAAAGAGAGAGUCAGCUUACUGCAGGGAGAGCUGUCCGAUCGUGAGGCCUCUCUGUUGGACCUGAAGGAGCACGCCUCGUCCCUGGCCUCCUCUGGACUGAAGAAGGACUCCAAGCUGAAGAGUCUCGAAAUCGCGCUUGAGCAGAAGAAAGAGGAAUACACCAAACUUGACAGUCAACUCAAGAAGCGCUUUGAGCACAAGUCAGGCCAUCCCUUCAAUCUUGCUCAGUCCGCCGCGGUUGAGGCUCAGGCAAAUUUAGGACUGUCGGAGCGCAUUGCCACACUCGAGCAGGAGGUGGCGCGUUACAAGGAGGAUGCUGGGAAGGCACAGGCAGAAGUGGACAGGCUCCUGGAAAUCCUCCGAGAGAUGGAGAAUGAGAAGAACGACAAGGAUCGCAAGAUCAGCGAGCUGGAGAGUCUGCUUUCAAGGCAAAUGAAAGACCAAAGCAAGAAGGUUGCCAACCUGAAGCACAAAGAGCAGGUGGAGAAGAACAGGAAUGCUCAGUUGAUGGAAGAGGCUCGUAAGCGAGAGGAUAAUAUCAGCGAGAGUUCUCAACAGAUCAAGGAUUCUCUGCAGCAGAAGGACGAGCGUAUCGAGGAGCUGGAGGAGGCCUUGCGUGAGAGCGUACAGAUCACGGCUGAGAGAGAAAUGGUGUUGGCACAAGAGGAAUCUGCUCGUGCAAACGCUGAGAAACAGGUGAGAACACACCAAACACAGGUGAGACGAAGCUCAAGGAUCAUUAACAUGCACUUUCUUUCUCUCUCAUUCAUGUCUUUCUUUUUUUUGACACUACAUAUUGUUCACUUGCCAUAUUUUUAUUUUUUUACAUUUGGAUCGAAUUUAUUUAAUACUUUGUACCUUGUCCUUUGA